CUGUCUGUCUGUGCUGGUGGUUUGAGGUGUAACUUUAGACAUGAUUAAUGCAGAUGUUUGAGGUAGCGGCGUGCUGGCAGCCAGCUGCAGCUAUUUGCUUAUUCUCCACGUCAUGCAAAUGAGUGUGGUGAUGAGGUUUUCCAUAACAGGAGAAUACUUAAAGAGGAAAUUAAAGCAUUAAUGAAAGUGCCAAAAAGUCCAGAGUAAAAUAGUCGUGUUGCUGUUUGAGAGGGUGUUGAGAAAUUUCUGCCUUGUUGUUUAAAUUCAAAUCACUGACCUGGCCCCAGUGCUGCAGGCAGGAAGCAAAAGACCUGAAUGACGUGGCCAAAGCCAGAGUUCUAUAGGGUUGCUCCAGCAGAAGAGCUGCCCUGCAGCUGUUUGGUGAGCAGCACCCAAAGAGGGAGGCAGCUCCUGGACCACCUGAGCCAGAGAUGUGGCUUCAGAAGCCCUUGUCCUUGCAGAGAGUUAGUCUGACCUCAACCUUCUGAAACAUCACAAAGGGCAGAGUGUUCAGUGUCAUCAGGUAGUUAGAACCACCCUGCACUGGGUGGAACUGCAUCCAGCCAGCUGCUUCCUUGCUGGUGGACUCCUCCAAAGGAGGAUCGGUGGAUCGCUGUGUUUUAGGCCUACAGAGCAGCCCCAACUGGAAGGGAAGUCAGAAGCUCAUCAGGCCCAGCCUUCCUUGGAGAAGGGAGCCGAGUGCGAUAGAAGAUGAAUUCAGCUGAAAUCACUGAUGACGAUGAAGUAAAAAUUCCUAAAAAAAAUAUUGUGAAAGUAGAAACAGAAAAUGAAGAUGAAGCUCUAGACUGCUCGGUAACAUCCAGAUCUUCUGAGAAACACUCAGUGGAUGGCGCAGUUACUUGCCUACAGGAUUCCAACAAACGGAAACAGACCUCACUUGGUUGUGAUGGUUCAGGGAGCCAGCAAGAUGUCUUGCCCAGUGUGAAGAAAAGACGCUUUACACAAGAGGGCUCCAAUUCAAACAUGAAGAACAGAGAUACUGGCUCACCCACUCAGGUAAAUGCAGAGCAGCCAAGCAAGAACAAGAAUCCUAAUAUAACAUGGCUCUGUGAGGAAGAACCCUUCAGUGACAUAACCACUUCGUCUUACAAGAAACCCCUUUAUGGCAUCUCACACAAAAUUACAGAGAAGAAGAAUGCACCGGGAGCAGAGCAGUUUACCUCUUACGACUUGUAUGAAAAAAUCAGCCCCAGCAGUCCCUCGCAUCUUCGGACUUUGAAUGACCAGCGCAAAAGGGACUCUGCUGCAGCCCUUGCUGCAGCAGCUGUUGCUGUAGAGUCUGACCCAAAUAUAUAUUCUUUGAUACAGAAAAUGUUCUUCACGCUUAACACUCUCAGUUCCAAUAUGACCCAGCUUCACAAUAAGGUUGACCUGCUGUCUCUGGAGGUGAGCAGAAUUAAAAAGCAAGUCAGUCCAGUGGAGUGUGUGGCAGAUUUCAAGCCUCCCCCUGAGUACACGCUGACUUCUGCUGAGCUCAAACAACUCAUGGAUCAAAGCACGUCAGGUGGAGACCUUGCCUGCCGGUUACUGGUACAGCUCUUCCCAGAGCUCUUCAGCGACGAUGAGUUCAACAGGAACUGCAGCGCGUGUGGCUUUCCUAACAAGAGGAAGCUGGAGUCUCUCCAUCUGCAGCUUAUCCGUAGCUAUGUGGAAGUCUGUUAUCCUUCUGUGAAGAGUACAGCUGUGUGGCAGGUGGAGUGUUUGCCUCAACUCAACGAUUUUUUCAAUAGAUUUUGGGCUCAAAGGGAGUUGGAAAAUAACCCACAGAAUGUGCAAUCCUCCAGUUUUUAUGAGACUGAACAGGUGGAUUCCUCUCAUUUUCUUGACGAUAAAGAGCAAGAAGAAGCUUUGUCCUUGGACAGGAGUAAUGCCAUUGCCUCAGACUACAUUCUAGAUGCUCAGGAUCUCAACGAAUUUUUAGAUGAAGCUUCUUCUCCGGGGGAGUUUUGUGUUUUUUUGUUACAUAGACUGUUUCCAGAACUCUUUGACCACAGAAAAUUAGCUGAAAGGUACAGUUGCUAUGGGGACUCUGGGAAGCAAUUGCUGGAUCCUCAUCGGCUUCAGAUAAUACGUAGGUACACUGAAAUUUACUUCCCAGAUGUACAGGAAGAGGAAGCUUGGUUGCAGCAAUGCGUUCAGCGAAUAAAUGAAGAACUUGAAAAUGUGUAUAUGGAUGGAAGUGAAUGUGAUCAGUUGAGAGAUGACUGUUACGACUCUUCUAGUUUACCAGAUGACGUAUCGAUCAUAAAAGUGGAAGACAGCUUUGAAUAUGAAAAACCAGGUAGACGCUCAAAAAAAAUAUGGCUUGUGCCCAUUGACUUUGACAAACUUGACUUUCCCCCUCCUGAUUUUGAUGUCCCUGUUCCCGAUUACCUAUUGAACAAAGAACAGAUCAAAAACAUAUACGAAAGCAGUCUUUCCAUAGGCAACUUUGCCUCUCGGCUGCUUGUUCUCUUGUUUCCCGAGCUGUUUACUCAUGAAAACUUACGGAAGCAAUACAACUGUAGUGGGUCUUUGGGCAAGAAGCAGCUUGAUCCCACUAGGAUUAAAUUAAUUCGACAUUACGUGCAGAUACUGUACCCAAGGGCAAAGAAUGACAGAGUAUGGAUGUUGGAGUUUGUUGGGAAGCUCGAUGAGAGGUGUCGGCGAAGGGACACGGAGCAACGGCGCUCAUACCAGCAGCAGCGGAAGGUCCACAUGCCGGGGCCCGAGAGGAGGGAGUUCCUCAGCUAUGCAAUAAACCCCGAAAGGUUUCGAGAAGAGUUUGAAGGGCCACCAUUGCCACCUGAAAGGAGCAGCAAGGAUUUUUGCAAGAUACCACUUGAUGAACUCGUUAUUCCUAACCCAGACUUCCCUGUGCCUUCUCCGUAUUUGCUGACUGAUAAGGAGGUAAGAGAGAUCGUACAGCAGAGCCUUUCUGUUGGAAACUUUGCCGCCAGGCUUCUCGUAAGACUGUUCCCAGAACUCUUUACUCCUGAAAAUCUCAGACUGCAAUACAACCAUUCAGGUGCUUGUAACAAAAAACAGCUGGAUCCCAUCAGACUGAGACUGAUCCGCCAUUACGUGGAAGCGGUUUACCCCGUGGAGAAAAUGGAAGAAGUAUGGCAUUAUGAAUGUAUACCGAGCAUUGAUGAAAGAUGCCGGCGUCCUAACAGAAAAAAGUGUGACAUACUGAAAAAAGCAAAGAAAGCAAAGAAGUGACAGGCUCUUUGAAUUCCUAAGACUUUGACCACUAAAUUAUUGUCAGGAUUAUGCUUUGUUUCAGACUGAAGGGCCUGUCGGGCUGGGGCUGCUCAGCAUCCGAGAGAACUAGGCACUAAGUUUGUUGCAUUUUAACGUGUGUGUUGCAUCUAUGUGGGCACUGCAGCAGUGGGAAGUGGCUUACUAGGUUUGUACGUGGGUAAAGAUCCUAAGUCAUUGGUGACAGAGCUCUUGAUGACUCAUUAAGAGCAUGGCUUUCACUGGCGCAAGUACCAUGUACUGAAACUCUACUAUGCCAUUCCCCAUUUCUGCAUUUCUUCCUUUUUUAACACUUUUUAAUAAUAAAGAUUUUUUUUUUUUUUUUAAAUGCGGUGCUCGUCAGGGGCAGUAUUUCAUUUCACCCUUAUACACAAUCAUGUUCGUUCAUUUGGAGUUUGAAAUUUAAACCUCAUGGAAAUCUACAAAACUAAUGCUUCUUGAAAGUACCAUUUUCAUUGAAAUCACAGCUUGAAUGAGUUUUGUUCUCAUUGAUACUGGGAUGCUGGAAAUAGUAAUACCACGUCCAAGAAUGGGUCAGAGUGGUGUGGUUUCAAUUUUUGACUGUUACUCAAGUUUUGUUUCUAAAAAUUCUACGAAUAUGAACUAUUGGAGAGUUGAGACGUGAGCAUAGACAGCGUGAAUGUCCCUUUCUGUUGGCACCCCAAGCUUAAUCAUGCCCCUGUGAGUUUUCUUUUUUGCCCAGUGUCACGGUUGGCAUGACUGAGGGUGGCUUGUGAGAGUAGAGCCAGCAGCACAGACCCAAACCCGCACCUGUGGAAUGUAUUGCCACUGCCUGCGCCUGCCUGCUUGCCUCUCUGUAACACAACAAUAACUAGAUAAGCAACACGGACUUCAAAAACUUUUAGAACUUACUGUGUCAAAAUGACAAUUCCAAAGGUUUCCAGUAUUAACAUCAAAUUGCAUCAAUAAAAGUUACCCGCAAAGAUCAGUUUUGGGAUGGAAUGAAGUGCUAUGAGGUUCCCAUGAAUGAGCUGUGGUAAUGUAACUCACUCUGCAUCAUCAGAAUGGCACCAUCUGGAUUUUUCAGAUGUAGAGGGAUAUUGAGCUCGCUCACUUAGCCAAAUUGAUUUAGUGUAAUUAGUAGCUAUUUGGAGACAUAAUUGUGUAUGUAUAACUUAGAUUCAUAUGGUCAAGUUUGCAUCAAUAAUAUGUUCAUAUGUAACAUAGGCCACCUAGAACCCACUGUGACUCUGCUGUAUGAUUUGUCACUGGAGAGCACAGCUUUAAAACAGCUUUCUCCUUUUUUUUAAUGGCGAUGUGAAUGAUGUCAGAGAGUGUCAGAUAUGCAUUUUUGAGUCAGUAGAGUCAGCGACUGCGUACUGACCAUCGCUGGAACGCCUCGGAGCAAUCGUUGAUGUUCCCUGUGGUCCUUUUUAAUUGUUCCUAAAUGGCUCGUAGCGUAUCAAAUUUGAAAUCUGUUCCAGUCUAAUUUUCUAUUUUAGCAUUUGUAAGAAAAUACAAAAUACUCGAUAUUUUUACUUCGGAUUUUUAGAAUUUAUUGUUCUUAGAGUCAUAUUGAUCUCUCCCUUUAAAAAGCAAAAGAACGUUUGUUUUUUUCCUAAUGGCAAGUACUAGCAAAAGGAUAGUGUUUAAAGCCAGGAGUAAGCAGUAAUAGAUUUGCAUUUGCUCAUCUUCCCCACGUGCUAGCAACAUCCUCAGAGAAUGUAUGAAGAAAGUCAUGAAUGUAUUAAACGAUACACUGAGACUGUUUGUGUCCAUCUAAAUGUUUUCCGCUGGUUUAAAUAAUAGCAGACCACACGCAAAAUGGAUAUCGGAGCGAAUGUGUCUAAAAUAAAAAGAAAAUGUUUUUACCAAAGAUAAAGAACCGAUACCGCAAUGUCUGCAUUAUCUUUCAUUUCAGUGCAUAAAUUUAGCAAGUUGAAUGUGCCAGAAACAGACCUUCUCUUGUAAUUGUAUGCUACCAAGCGCCUCUGUGAAGUCUUCUACAUGCACUUGUAUGGGAGAUAUAAAACCACAGAAAAUACCAACAACCUGUUGCAAAUGCCCAACCAGAUGGCAAGAAAUGCAAAGUGUGGCUUUCCUUUAUACUUUUUUUUUUUUUUUUUUUUUGAUUUUGAUGUCAUAAAUGUUAUACCACUAAGUGAUGUCAAAGCUCCCAAAGAAGUCGAUGACGUUAAACUGUUGUAGCACUGGCGGGCGUUACUAGAUAGCAUGUGAAUUUAGGACGUACUGGGUUUUACUGUAGAUGUUGUCAUUCUGUCCUGACACAUCAAAGAUCAGGCCGUUUAUAUUACAUACUGAUGAGUGAAAAAGCGAUUUUCAGCUUUUAAAAUGGCAUUUUCAAAAGUGGGUACAGAAAGAUCCUUGCUGGUUUUUCUCUUAACUUACAUCUGAUGGUUGUGUACAUUCCUUUGUCUCACUGUUCCCAGCCUUUCAUGGUUUGACUGUAUGCUUUGUGAAGAAAAGAGUGACAUACAAGUAGUGACAUGGGGUCACUGGAAAAAAAAAGCUCCUGCAGUGCAUCCGAAGUACAGCCACUUCAUCCGGUUGGUCUGUCCUGUAAAUAAAUUAAAGGUAUAUUAUUUUCAUACAAGA